GGCCGGAGCCGGCGCUCAACGCGAAGCGCGGGGCAGUCGCGGAGAACAGAUCCCUGGGCUGUUUCCUCCUGCCAGUCAUGGGUCCGCGCUGCUGGCGCUGGUGGCACUGGUCGGCGUGGCCUCGGACCCGGCAACCUCCCGCCGGGAGCACCCCGAGUUCCCGCCAGCAGUUCUCCACGCAGGAGCAGACCACCCAGAUCUGUGUGGUGGGAAGUGGCCCAGCUGGCUUCUACACUGCCCAACACCUGCUAAAACACCACACCCGGGCCCGCGUGGACAUCUACGAGAAGCAGUUUGUACCCUUCGGCCUGGUGCGCUUUGGUGUGGCGCCCGACCAUCCCGAGGUGAAGAAUGUCAUCAACACCUUUACCCAGACGGCCCGCUCUGACCGCUGUGCCUUCCAUGGCAACGUGGUCGUGGGCAGGGACGUGACUGUGCCAGAGCUGCGGGAGGCCUACCACGCCGUGGUGCUGAGUUAUGGGGCGGAGGACAAUCAGGCUCUGGAAAUUCCCGGUGAGGAGCUGCCCGGUGUGUUCUCGGCCCGGGCCUUUGUGGGCUGGUACAAUGGGCUUCCUGAGAAACGGGAGCUGGUGCCGGACCUGAGCUGUGACACAGCCGUGAUUCUGGGACAGGGGAAUGUGGCUCUGGAUGUGGCCCGGAUCCUGCUAACCCCACCUGAGCACCUGGAGAAAACAGACAUCACGGAGGCUUCCCUGGGGGUACUGAGGCAGAGUCAGGUGAAGACGGUGUGGAUAGUGGGCCGACGAGGACCCCUGCAAGUGGCCUUCACCAUUAAGGAGCUUCGGGAGAUGAUUCAGUUACCAGGAACCCGGCCCAUUUUGGAUCCUGCAGAUUUCUUGGGCCUCCAGGACAGAAUCAAGGAGGUGCCCCGCCCAAGGAAGCGGCUGACAGAACUGCUGCUUCGAACAGCCACUGAGAAGCCAGGGGUGGAGGAGGCUGCCCGCCAGGCACUGGCCUCCCGAGCCUGGGGUCUCCGCUUUUUCCGAAGCCCCCUGCAGGUGCUGCCCUCACCAGAUGGGCGGCGAGCAGCAGGCAUCCGCCUGGCAAUCACCAGACUGGAGGGUGUCGGUGAGGCCGCCCGGGCAGUGCCCACUGGAGACAUGGAGGAUCUCCCUUGUGGACUGGUGCUGAGCAGCGUUGGGUACAAGAGUCGCCCCAUUGACCCCAGUGUGCCCUUUGACCCCAAACUUGGGGUCAUCCCCAAUAUGGAGGGCCGGGUUGUGGAUGUGCCAGGCCUCUACUGCAGUGGCUGGGUGAAGCGGGGGCCCACAGGUGUCAUCACCACCACCAUGACUGACAGCUUCCUCACCAGCCAGACGCUGCUGCAGGACCUGGAGGCGGGGCUGCUGCCGUCGGGCCCCAGGCCUGGCUAUUCGGCCAUCAAGGCCCUGCUCAGCAGCCGAGGGGUCCGGCCCAUCUCUUUCUCGGACUGGGAGAAGCUGGAUGCUGAGGAGAUGUCCCGGGGCCAGGGCGCUGGGAAGCCCAGGGAGAAGCUGCUGGAUCCUCAGGAGAUGCUGCGGCUGCUGGGGCGCUGAGCCCGGCUCUCAGCCGGGCAGGGAGGGGAGGAGUGCUGCACGGGGGACAGGGGCCUGGGCCAGUCUGAUUGGGACGCUGCCCUGGCAUGGAGCCUUGGCUGCCUCUUUUCCAGGGGUCUCCGAACACUUCCCCCUGCCAGAAGGUCACCCUUGCCAGUGUAGGUUUAACUCUCAGCAAGGAGAUAACCUCAGUUAGGGAUGGGUGCGGGUACACGCUGACCUUCUUCCCUCCCACCUCUCUCCUGCGGACUGUGAAGGGUCACCAGGUCAGGAAUAUGCUGAAAAUAAACCAGCUACAAGGGAGAACCAA